CCUCCUUUCAACCUCUCCUUUCAACCUCUUGUGUUGCUGUGCCAAGGCUUCCAGCUUUAAGAAGCCCUCGCUGGGAGCCGCGUCCCAGAGGAAGAAAGCGGGUCCCAAGCUGGAGCUGACCGAGGAGCAGAAGCAGGAGAUCCGGGAGGCUUUCGACCUGUUUGACACAGACGGCACUGGGAGCAUAGACGUUAAGGAGCUAAAGGUGGCCAUGAGAGCACUAGGGUUUGAACCUAAAAAAGAAGAAAUCAAGACAAUGAUAUCGGAUAUCGAUAAGGCAGGGACGGGAAAAAUCAGCUUCAAUGACUUCUUGGUAGUGAUGACGCAGAAAAUGGCUGAAAAAGAUUCCAAAGAGGAGAUUCUCAAAGCUUUCAAACUCUUUGAUGACGAUGAAACCGGCAAAAUCUCUUUCAAAAACCUCAAACGUGUCGCCAAAGAACUGGGGGAGAAUCUCACAGAUGAAGAGCUGCAGGAAAUGAUCGAUGAAGCAGACAGAGAUGGGGAUGGGGAAGUGAAUGAGCAAGAAUUCUUGCGGAUCAUGAAGAAGACCAGCCUUUACUGAAACAGGAUUUUAUUUCUUUUUGCACAUGUGUAUAUAGGUUUGGUAGGUGCCUCACUUUUUUACAAUCUCUUAUUUCUUUUGAGACAGAAGAAAAUAGAGGUCAGUAUUUUUUUUAAGUGGAUGAUCUUAAACUUGAUUUUGUGGACAGUUACCAACUGCUAACCCAUUUACAUGUAGCAACGUGGUUGCUCGUUUGUGCUCGUAAGAUGUUUACGCUCGUCCUUUUUGAUACACAAAUCACAUUUUUCAGGGACAG